AAGCCACUCCUUCCCAACCACCAUAAGUAGCAGGGGGCAUAGAUGACCGCUGAGCCCUUGGAAGACCCUGAAGCCAGCAGCAGUUCUACACAUGAUCUUCCCGAGGCCUCCUCGGACAACACAGCUGAUGAAAACUCUGCAGAUUUACCCGGAGAGUCCGAAGGACCAGACUCCCUGCCCGAUGACGUCCCACCAGGAGACAUCGACGAAGUGCUAGCUGAACAUGAUGUAGAUCAAACCUCUGAGGCGAAAGCCAUCACCACAGAGCAAAAUGAAGAGCAGGACUUCAUUCGGACUGAUACCUUCAUGAGACAAGAUGAGGACCUGCUCUCCAAGCAGAUUUCCACCAUCACGGAGAAAAAUGUAGACCAGGCGUACAUGCAGAUUAACACAGUUUUUGAGCAGGAUAAAGACCAGGCCUCCAUACAGACUGCCACCUUGAUGGGACAAGAUGAAGACCAGGCAUUUUUGCAGAUUGUCACUUCUGUGGGACAGAAUAAAGAUCAGGCCUCCAUACAGACUGCCACCUUGAUGGGACAGGAUGAAGACCAGGCAUCUUUGCAGAUUGCCACUUCUGUGGGACAGAAUAAAGAUCAGCCCUCCAUGCAGAUGGACACCUCCAUAGGGCAAGAUGUAGAGCCAGCCAUCUCCACAGAUACAGCAACUUCUGCAGUCAAAGAUGAGAGCCCAGAUAUUCCACAUCAGGGCCAGGACAAUCCUGAAGAGACCACAUCUUUGCUGCCCCAAGACCCAGGUAUCCUGCAAGUGUUUGUGGGUUUCCAGAACCCAGUGUGGGACAGGCUAGCUGAAAACAACCGUACAAGUCGGAGCCGGACGGUUUCCCCGAGUGACUCCCAGACCCAGGAAAAGACACUGGGAAACCCGAAUGUUCCAGAAGGGCAGCCAGUAUUAGUUCCAAAUGCUGACGUGCUAUCUAACCUGCCUGAACAUGUCCAGACUUCGGUGGGAGCUGCUGACCCACCCCCUUCCGAUACCAGUGGUCGCGACCCAGAACCCACGCCUACCACCAACUCGGCCAAGCAGGAAGCUGAAGGGUUCAAGGCCUUGAACCCUGGGAGCAAAGCUAGAUCGCCAGGGCUGACCAGUGAGGAUUCAGCUGCUGACUCAGGUAUCCCACCGGAUCCACCUGACCCAGGCUCCCCAGGUGGCAGCCCACCCCACUCUCCAGAUUUCUACCAGGUGGCCCUGGGCAGGAACCUUCUGGACCCCAAUCUGUAUAGACCUGAUGUGGAGAACGACUACAUGCGCUCCAUGACCAGCCUGCUGGGUUGUGGAGAGGGCUCCAUCAGCUCCCUCACAGACAUCCUGGUGUGGUCAGACACAGCCACACGCAUGGGUGUGGCUGUGGGCAUUCUGGCCUCGGGCUGCAGCUCUCCAGCUGACCGGCUACAAGACGAGGGUCCCCGCCUGCGGACUGUCGCCAGCCUCUUGCGCAGCGCCAGGUCAGCUUUCUCCUCUGGGGUGAUGUCUGGAACUGGCUCAGCCCUGCACUCUGUCACGCACCUGCUGGAGUCUGUGGAGAGACGGACUAUGGAAGGCAUCCGUUCAGCUAUGCGCUACCUGGCCCAUCAUCUCACCUCACGCUGGGCCCGCACUGGCCCCAGUGGUAACUAGACCAGCAAGCCCCCUACUUCUUCCCCAACCCUGCACUAGGUAACUGUCCCCUGCCUUUCAGUAAAUAACCACAAGCGUUUAUUUUC